AUGGCCCGGGCCGGGUGGUGGCGGCAGUGCCCCGAGCGGGGCGGGGCGCUGCAGGCCGGGUGCCGGGCGACAGCAGGCGGCGCGCUCCUGUCCUCGGCCCCAGGCGGGGUGCAGCCCCUGCCCGCGUUCAUGCUGCUGGUCCCGCCGAGUGUGCGGGCGGACGAGUGGCCUUCACCUGUGGCUGCAGAAAAUGACCUGAAUGAGAAGCCUCACCUCUUGGCCUUCCCUCCCGACCUGGUGGCAGAGCAGUUUACCCUGAUGGAUGCGGAGCUGUUCAAGAAGGUCGUGCCCUACCAUUGCCUGGGCUGCAUCUGGUCCCAGCGGGACAAGAAGGGCAAAGAGCACCUGGCUCCCACCGUCCGUGCCACCGUCACCCAGUUCAACAGCGUGGCCAACUGCGUCAUCACCACCUGCCUGGGGGACCGGAGUGUGACGGCCCGGGACAGGGCCAGGGUGGUGGAGCACUGGAUCGAGGUGGCCAGGGAGUGCCGCGUCCUCAAGAAUUUCUCGUCGCUCUACGCUAUCCUGUCAGCCCUGCAGAGUAACUCCAUUCACCGGCUGAAGAAGACGUGGGAGGAAGUUUCCAGGGACAGCUUCCGAAUCUUUCAGAAGCUGUCGGAGAUCUUCUCAGAUGAGAACAACUAUUCACUGAGCAGAGAGCUGCUCAUCAAGGAGGGGACUUCCAAGUUUGCCACCCUGGAGAUGAACCCCAAGAGAGCUCAGAAGCGGCCAAAGGAGACGGGUGUCAUCCAGGGCACCGUUCCCUACCUGGGCACGUUCCUCACAGACCUGGUGAUGCUGGACACCGCCAUGAAAGACUAUCUGUAUGGGAGACUGAUCAACUUCGAGAAGAGGAGGAAGGAAUUCGAAGUGAUCGCCCAGAUCAAGCUGCUCCAGUCAGCAUGCAACAAUUACAGCAUCGCACCCGAGGAGCACUUUGGGGCCUGGUUCCGGGCCAUGGAGCGGCUCAGCGAGACGGAGAGCUACAACCUAUCGUGCGAGCUGGAGCCCCCCUCCGAGUCGGCCAGCAACACCCUCAAGGCCAAGAAGAACACGGCCAUUGUCAAGCGCUGGAGCGACCGCCAGGUCCCCAGCACGGAGCUCAGUACGAGCGGCAGCUCCCACUCCAAGUCCUGUGACCAGCUCAGGUGCGGUCCCUACCUCAGCAGCGGGGACAUCGCCGACGCCCUCAGCGUCCACUCAGCCGGCUCGUCCAGCUCCGACGUGGAGGAGAUCAACAUGAGCUUUGUCCCGGAGUCCCCCGACGGUCAGGAAAAAAAGUUCUGGGAGUCGACCUCCCAGUCGUCCCCGGAGACCUCCGGCAUCAGCUCGGCCUCCAGCAGCACCUCCUCCUCCUCAGCCUCCACCACGCCCGUGGCCGCCACACGCACCCACAAGCGCUCUGUCUCUGGGGUCUGCAGCUACAGCUGCUCGCGGCCGCUGUACAACCAGCAGGUGGGCGACCGCUGCAUCGUCCGCGUCAGCCUCGACGUGGACAACGGCAACAUGUACAAAAGCAUCCUGGUAACCAGCCAAGAUAAGGCUCCAGCCGUAAUCCGCAAGGCCAUGGACAAACACAACCUGGAUGAGGAUGAGCCAGAUGACUAUGAGCUAGUGCAGGUUAUUUCAGACGAUCGAAAGCUGAAGAUCCCUGACAACGCCAACGUGUUCUACGCCAUGAACUCAACUGCCAACUAUGACUUUGUCCUAAAGAAACGGACCUUCACAAAAGGGGCAAAGGUCAGGCAUGGCGCCAGCUCAACUCUUCCUCGCAUGAAGCAGAAGGGACUCAAGAUUGCUAAGGGCAUCUUCUGAUUAGUCCCUAGCACUGGCCGGCCACAGAACCGGUCUGUCAGGGGCUGGCUGGCGGGAUAACCAAGCACUUAGAGACUCCAGUGGCCCAGGCCAGGCGGGCACCGUUUGCCUGACCUGCCAGCUCAGGCCACCCCCAGACUCCAGUUUCACCCUAAACCUCUCCUACUGCCGGGAUUGACGCCUACUGUUUGCUAGGCUGACCUGGCCUCCCGUGGACCACUCGCUGCCUUAGGUGCCUUCCACUCUCUGGAACCAGAGGACUAGCUGACUUCUGCCAAGGAGCGCUGCCAAUGGGCAUGGAGCCCUGCAUGCCGCUGGGCACUGCCCUCUGUGCACUUCCCUCAUGCCUGCUCAGGUGUGGGUCACUGCCACCUGUGCCCAUGGGCACCCCAGGGCACCCACUCAUCCACUGGGUCUGACCACUGCACUUCUCUCCUCAUGCCCACGGGCAUCGGCCUGUGCCCUUCUCGGGUCCUGGGCCCUCUUUCCACCAUGCUAGCCUUUCCCAGGCUGCACCAAAGAUUCCACCAUCAGGGCCAACAGAGCAAGGGAGUCUCACCCCUCCCCCGUCCAACCCCCCCCCCCAGGAGAGGAGGAGGGGGACCCUUUCCACAGAUCACACUCUUCACCCGGUGAGUGAGGAAGGUCUCAGCGGAGCCCCUUUGCCACUGAAUCUCAUGACACUGCAAGUACCAUUCACCACUGCGCCCUGGGCUUCACGAGACCACACGAGAUGGGGGUUAGUGGGAAAGGAGAAUUGGGGGAGAGGGGAGGGGUGUUGAAUAUUUGUAUAAAAGGCAAAAACAAAACAAAAAAAGUUUACCAGUUGGGGAGGGGCAAUAUUUAUUUGUUGUAAAUAGCAAAUGCUAGACUUGAAUAUUAUAUUAAAAUCCAGUUUCUACUAUA